UGUGGUCAAAGUACUUUCAAAUGUGGAGGAAAAGUUAACACUUCAGACCUCUAUAGGGUUUUUCGUCAACACAGUGACACCGUGUACUGACCAAGUGUUACUACUGCUGAAUAAGUGCUUGAGCAUUUUGUAUGUUUUAGUCUAAUUUAUUUGCAUUCUCUCUUUUGAUAGGCGAUGAUAAAACUUUUCACAUUGUUUAGGCAACGAGACACUGAAAUGCUGUAGAUUAUCUUUUUAAAAGCGAGAUUUUCUAACAGGAUAACAAUUUUAUCUCAAACCAAUAUUUCAAUGUUCCCCAGAAGCUCUAACCUAUGUGGAGGAUUUCUCUGUAGUGGAUGUGAAUCGCCCACUCCGGGGCAGUUUUCGUUGACGAAAUUGCGAGCGCGAUCACGGGGUCCCUAUAAGUAGACUCUAAAAACGAAGAUGUAAGCAGUGAGUGGUGAAAACGAGGAGGACCAGUCGCCCAGCACCAAGCCUCAGUGGUCAACAUGGAGAUGCCCGCUAAACUCAUCUUCCCCAUCGUGGUGAUUUUCGCGCUGGUCGCUUGCAGCCCGGCGGAGGCAUGGUACAAGCAGGUGGCCGGACCAAGCUACUACUCGGUGGGCAGGGCGUCCGGCUUGCUGUCCGGUAUCCGGAGGUCGCCGUACGUCAGGAGAGCGGAACUGGACCCUUCGGAAAGCGGAGAGCCCGCGACCAACAGCGUGUUUUCUGAUUUUACUCCGCACAGUUUCAUCCUGAAGACGAUGCCUGUUUGUAUCAAAGACAUUACACCAAAUCUGCAGAGCUGUGAACUCUUCCAGGAAAUCAAGGGUGCAUUCAAGUGCAAAGCAGAUGUCUUCCUCUCUCUGGACUCCUCAGACUGUGCAGGGGACUGAGCAGUGAAGCCAACAGCUGGGCUGGAUGAUGAAGCCUACUUCCUGAAGGCGUGACAUUUAAAAACUGUACAUUAUUCUAACUUUAAUACAGGUGUCACACUAGAUGGAAGAUAUGCUACUUUUCAUUUACUAUUUCACCUAUUUAUGUAUUGACUUUAUGAUAAAACAGUCUUAAAUCUUUCAACUGUAAAAGUAUUAAUGUAUAUAUUUGAUCUGAGUUUUCAUUAAAUGAAUCAU